AAUAAUAAAUAAAUAAAAGAAAGAAAGGAAAGAAAGAAGGAAGGAAGAAAGGAAGGAAGCCGUCCGUUGCUCUCCACGUGCGUCUCCCUCGCAUAUGCAUCUCUCUCUCUCUCUCUCUCUCUUUCUCUCUCUCUCCUUCUCUCGUUCUCUCCCUUCCACCCUCCUACUUACACAUAAGACAUACACACACACGUUUCUUUUUCUUGUCCCUUCGCUCGUGGUACUCCCACCCGUACGUCUUGAACGUCUCUCCUCCUUUCUCCUUCUCCCUCUUAAAAACCUCUCCCCUCCUUGGCGACGCUCGCACGCGCGCCGUACGCGCGCGCGUUCUCCUCUCUAUCUUCUCGUAGCAGCCACGGUGCUUUGCUUCGCGAACGGACGAGCGUCUCCGACUCUUUUCCGUCUCUGUUUUAUAAAGGCGACGCGGAUCGCGACGUUGAAUUAACCGAGAUAUAUAUAUAUAUAUAUAUAUAUAUAUGUAUGUAUAUAUAUAUAUAUAUGUAUAUGUAUAUGUAUAUCGUAACGUUUCUGUGAUACUCUUGUCUCGAUUGGAUAAAAAAGGAAGGACAAAAAAUAUCGUGACGAAGUCGAGAAGAACCGAAUUCAUCCUCCCCACCCCUUGUUAGUGGUCAUCAUCAUCAUCGUCGUCGUCGUCGUCGUCAUCGUCGUCGUCGUCGUUGUCGUCGUUGCUAUCACUGUCGUUAUCGCUGUGUACUUUGAUGCGCGAGUGCGUGAGUGUGCAUGAGAGUCCACCCCCACCCACCCCCUCGAAUCCCCCUUCUUCUUCCACUUCCUCUUCUUCCUCUUCUUCUUACUUCUUCGUCGUCUUCUUCGUCUCCUACGCGGAUCGUCACGUUCACGCCGUAUUUUAGGCGGCGAUUCAUAUUUUCGUCCACGCUAGCUCUCUCUCUCUCUCUCUCUCUCUCUCUGUCCUUCUUCCUCUCUCUCAGUGGCCUAUUGCGCAAGCAGGUAGUCGGAAAUAGCACCGUAGCUCGCGGUUAUGAAUUGAUAGCAAACACAUGCUGGACACGACUGUGAGCUUCUCUAACUGCGCUAUCACCUUCUUCUUCAUCUUUUCGUCAUCUUCGUCAUCGUCGUCAUUUUAAAAGACACUAUCCAGUCGUGGAGAACGUUAGUCGUCAUCGUACGAUAUUCUCUUUUUCUUCUUCUUUUUCUUUUUUUUCUUCUUCUUCCUCUUCCUCUUCCUAUUCUUCUAAAAUGAUAUAAUUCUCUAAGUUUUAUAUACUUUCAAUCUCUUUCGUACGAGAAUGCGUCUUCUUCUUCUCGAGUUUCGUCGUAAUCGUUAUCGUGGUGGAGUCAAACCGUUCGUCGUUGUUCUCGUCGAAGGUGACUUUUUGCGAAGGAAGGUCUCGUCGCGGGGCAGCUCUGAACGACUGCCGACCGCGCACGUGCACCGCCAUCAUCGAUAUUCGGCCUAAUGACAGUAUCUCGGGGUUCGUGCAUGUUCGCCGAUUAUACGAGGACGACGGCACACAUGUACGUGGACUACGCUACUACGGACGCAUACGUCGGAAUGGGAAUCAAGGCCAUGAAGUCGUAUGGCAGGCCGAGAGAUAUACCGGCACAAGUGCCGCCAUUAACGCCUGGUACCAACAAAAAAAUGACAGAGGCCCUAGAGGCCUCUUUCGCUUCUUGGGAGAAGGAACGAGUACGUCUAAAUAUAACGAAAGACCCAAGGCAAUGGUCGGAAGCAGCUGUCGCCCACUGGUUGCAUUGGGCUAUCGGUGAAUUUUCGUUGGAGGGUGUGGCCAUGCAACCCUGGCAGCACAUGACCGGAAAACAGAUUUGCGCUAUGGGAAAGGAACCCUUUUUAGCACGUGCCCCGGCCUUCAUGGGUGACAUUCUAUGGGAACACCUCGAAAUACUUCAGAAAGAUGUCGAUGCUGAAAAGGCCUCAUUGGAGAACACUACGGCGAAUAACUUGUACGAGAGCGUAUGCGUCCCGGAUUUAGGUGAUUUUUUGGGAUAUCAGGAUUCAUCUGGUCAUCAGGAACACAAGAGUCCAGCUACAACACCGGCUAAUUCUAACAGCACUAACUCGUCCGGCCAAACGCACGGUCCUACCACUCAGGCAACAGCCCCUACGACGCAACAGCCAUCGUCCGGCGCCGUUUCUUUGGCUUCGAGACAAUAUCAUAACGACGGAGGUUAUGCGCAUCUACGCAGUCCCGUUUGUCAGGAUGAAAGCCAAAGGGAAGAGACUUCGCCACCACCUCACAGCCAUAGUACACAACCUCCUAAUUCUCAUUCCAGUACACCCACGGGGAAUAACAACAAUAACAAUAACAAUAACGCAAAUAAUGCUUAUAUACACCUACGAAAUUUAAAUGAACUCAAAACGGAAUCUAACUACAGCAGCCACCAUAUAGCGGCGGAACACUUACAAGGAGGAGCCGGCGGAUUGGCCAGUGGCGGUGAUCUCGGUGCAACGGGGACCAAUGAGAGCGAACUUAGGGUUAGCAAUACUGGGACGACGGAAGAUUAUAUUACACCCGCGCAUUAUUCUGGAUAUGAUGAGGCCUCUGAUUAUCACGGUCUAUCGCAGGAUCAUCAAACUCCUCAUACCUAUAAUCUGGAUAGUUCGCCAGAAUUUUACAGUACCAGUGGUAUUCACCUCGAACCGAAGUAUCAGCCAUCGCCGUUCAAAAAUUAUCCUCGAGCGAGAUAUCACGAAGGAUACAGUGAAAGUGGGGGAUACAGUCAAUACGAUGCGACACCAUUUCAGACGGUUCCUGGAAGUGGAAAUACAGCUACUGGAGCUGCUGGUGUUGGAAGUGAACAGUGGGGUGUUGCACCUAUCGGUGAACAUCUUUCUCAUCAUCCAGCGUUUAUCGCGAGUCUUGGCUCGAGAGAUUCAUCUGGUGCUCAUCAUCCACCUUCCAUUGGUAGUAACGCCGAUCAAAAGCCUCUCCUACAGAGUGCAAUGAUCGCAGCUAGUUAUACCGGUGAUAAUUGUGCAGGUGGUGGUCCAUAUUUCACAGGUUCAGGACCAAUACAACUCUGGCAAUUUUUAUUGGAACUAUUGACCAAUAAAUCAUGUCAGAGUUUCAUCUCGUGGACGGGAGAUGGUUGGGAAUUCAAACUGACGGAUCCCGAUGAAGUUGCACGACGCUGGGGUGUUCGCAAAAAUAAGCCUAAAAUGAAUUACGAAAAAUUAAGCCGCGGUCUCCGAUACUAUUACGAUAAAAAUAUUAUACACAAGACCGCUGGGAAGCGUUACGUCUAUCGUUUCGUUUGUGACUUACAAAAUCUAUUGGGAUAUAGUGCCGAACAACUCCAUGCAAUGGUGGACUUGAAACCGGAAAAGAAGGAAGAAGACUGAGCUUUCUAUAAUGAAUGUGUUGUUUUAGGACAAUGUUACUGAUUAUAAACGAAUAUAACUAAUUUCUACGGCAUCGUGCAAAGAGAGUUUAACAAGGGGGAUUAAAAAAAAAAAAAAAAAAAAAAGAAAAAAAAAAGAAGAAAGAAAGAGAAAGAGAGAAAUAACAUAAAAGAACGAUAUAAAUAAUAAAGAAGAGAUAAAGAACCAAACAAACGCACGAGAGUACGAAUAAAAUAAUAAUUGUUUAAAUUGCAGAAGAUCAUUGUUCUGUGUAUCCUUUAUUUGAAACGAAAUGAUGAUAUCGAUUCGGUCGCAUGUACCAAAGACAGGGUCUGCAUACCAUUGGUGCCUAAAGUUUUAAUGACUAAAUUGUGAGCUUCUUCCUAGGUGAGUGGGAUACACCAGGGCAGAGAUUCUGUGUCAGAAACUUUUUCCUAGAUCACCUGAUUUAGAAUCGACCAAGUGUGUGUGUCUUACCGAAGAAAAGAAAAAAGAAAAGAAAGAAAAAAAAAAAAAGAAAAGAGAAAAAGGAACAAAAGAGAAAGGAAAUGGAAAAAUAUAAAUAAUAAAAGGAAUGAAAAGCAAACGAAUAAUCGUUGAAAAUUGUGGAAGACCAUUGUUCUGUGUGUAUCCUUUGUUUUAAAUGAAAUAAUAAUAUCGAUUCGGUCGCACGUACCAAAGACAGGGUCUGCAUACCAUUGGUGCCUAAAGUUAAUGACUAAAUUGUGAAAAUUCUUCUCUAAGUGAUUAUAUCAUUUGCCGAAGCGUCAUAAUUUAGAUGAUAUAUUUAUAGGAGUAUAACUCAAUAUUUUAUACAUGUUAUAUAUAUAUGUAUAUAUAUGUAAUGCGUGCAUGUGUGUGCGCACUCAGGCGCAUGUGUGUCUCUUCUCGUAUAUAUGCAUAAAUGCAUGCAGUCUUACACACGCAUACAUAUAUACAUACGUACAUACACACGCACACAUAGAGUGUCAAGAACUUUCUGAUAUAAUAUACGGUGUAACAGUGUAGGAAAAUAGUGUGCAUGGGAGUCCUCGAAUGUGUCUAAUGACGUCUGAUGAAAUACGGACGUCUCUAUCAUUUCUUCAGGGCAUCUUGAAUGCUCUGUGUACAUACAUAAAUACAUAUAAACUCUAUGUAUACCCGCCCACACACACACAUUUAUAUAUAAGCAUAUAUAUAAAUAAAUAAAUAUAUAUAUACAUAUAUACAUAUAUAUAUAUAUAUAUAUAUAUAUAUAUGUGUGUUUUCUUCAUGUUACAUGAAUUAUAAACACUACAACAUCGUCUAUUCGAUGCAUCUAAAUUAUUUAUAUACUUUCAUCUUAUAACAUGUGUGUUAUAUAUCUCGUUAAUAGAUGACACGAUAUGUGAUUGUUAUUAUUAUAAUUUUACUACAAUGAACUCCUCCUUUAUAUAUAUGUUGAUGAUCAGGCUCUACUAAGAUUAAUUUUUCACAAUAUUAAUAUUUACUUAUCUUCUAAUUAAGUGCUCGACUUGUAGUAGACACAGGAAAGGAUCUACAUAUUUUUGUUUGCAAUAAAGGUCGUUACACGAUUAUCGCGCAAUUUCAUUAAAAGGAAUCUUUUUUCUUUUUCUUUCUUUUCUUUCUUCUUCUUCUUUUUUUUUUUUUCUUUUUUUAUAGAUAGAAAGAUUAUGCCGUUUAUAUGUUACUUUAUAAGAAUAUCUAUUAUAGAAUGUAAUUUCCUGUUAAUGCAAUGAAAGCGAUACAGUAAAAGAAAACUUUAUAAUGCCUUUAAUAUAUUUUUUGAAAUAAAAUUCUCACUAUUAUCUUUAAUACAUAUAUAUAUAUAUAUAUAUAUAUAUAUAUAUAUAUAUGUACAUAUAUAUAUAUGUAUAUAUAUAUAUAUAUACACACACAUACAUACACACACGUGUCAUAAAAAUCUUUAUUAUUUUACGACGAUGUUACUGAUACAUUUAAAAAAUCAGACAUAAAGGACAGUGUCUCGCGCCAAAUAUGUCUGUUUUAAUUUCAAUAAGAAUAUAGAACCAUAUAUAACGACACAUAUAAUCUUUGUCUGUGUUAUAGCAUAUGCUUUCACAUUUGAUGUAAUUAAAAUACUAAUAUGACCUUAUGGUACCUGCAAUAAUUUUCGCAUAACAAUCAUAAAUAAUUUGGAAAUUAUUAUGUAUGUCGGUAUGAUAAUUUUGGAUAUUUUAUUUCAUAAAAUGUUUUAUUAUGCAUUGGUAAAAUUAUAUUGAAUUAAUGUUGUACAGAUUAUAUUAUAUGUAAAAGAAUGUACGUUAAAUUGACCACUGUGAAAUUACGUAUAGUUUAUAAAUAUCUCUUUACAUUCGGUGAUUGGUAAAUGAAAACAAAAAACAAAAAAAAAAGAAAAGUUUAAUCUGUUUAAAAGUGAUACCAUAAUGGUUAUAUUAUAUCUUGUAUAAGAAAGACGUAUGCUCUUAUUUCUUAUGCACGAAGAACAAACUUGUACAUAACGAUGAACUAUUUAUUGUACUUGUUCACUAAAUUUUCUUAGUUUUCAAUUGACAAUAAUUUAAGCAUAGUGUGUCUAUUGUACAUUACACUUUUUUAGUAUUCUUGGAAGAACACCAAUAACAAGACACAUGUAAAAUAAAAAAACUUAAUACUGACGAAGGUCACACAAUUGAAA